UCGCUAUUUAUAGUGGGAAUGGAAAUGAAUAAAUGCAAUAAAUCUAAGAAAUCCUUCCCUCCAUAUGCUAAACAAAACAAAAAAGAAAUAAUUCACUGAUUGACAGAAAGCUUUGCAGACACGUUCGAAUCACAUGUUAAUUAAUACUCGAAUGUAGAACAGACUCAGUUAUAAAUUGGUCAUUGUUGACGUAUUCUGCUGAGAUUAUUUAACGAAGGAUUGCAUUCGUCUUAGAAAGUAUUGAAAACCAAAAGAACGCCAAUAAUGCAAAAUACAUUUCAAGCCGCUUUUAGCGGUUUAACGCGACAAUACAUUAUAAAGCAGUCGUGGCCCUGUGGCAGAAAGCUCUUAAGGACGAAACUGAUAAUCCCACCGUCUUCUACAUCUAGCCCAUUUAAAUGUCGAAACUACUCAAAGUUUAGCACACAUCUGUCCAUGGAUAGGGCGAUGGAGCUGCUAUGCAACCUUGAUGAUGAGGAACGCAGCAACCUGCGCUCAGCUCUUGGCAGGCUAGAUGCCGACAAGGAAAAAAAGUUGUACGAGAGUCAACUGGCUUUCGGUAGUUGGCGCACUCGGUUCGGACGACUUUCUAAUAAGACGGAGUUGGGCCAAGUUAUUGCGGGAACUUUUUGUGCAGUCCCUGAUGAUUGGCUGCGAAAAAAAUUGGUUGAGACGGCAGCAUCACCCACUGCAGGUCAAUUAUACAGUAUUUUCUUUGUAAAUGCUGUGCCGUUUGUCGCUUUUGGAUUUCUUGACAAUUUUAUAAUGAUCAUGGCGGGGGAAUAUAUUGAAUAUUAUUUGGGCCACUUUAUAACGCUGUCUACAAUGGCAGCGGCAGGACUAGGCAACACUAUAAGCGAUAUUUUGGGAAUCACUAUGGCCACCUACGUUGAGAAUGGGUGCCAGAUAUUGGGUCUAAAGCAGCCCAAUUUGACUCCAGCGCAAUUCGAAUUAAAGUCUAGCAAGAGGUCGUCAAGUUACGGUCGGAUUGUCGGCAUCACUGUGGGCUGUCUGCUUGGAAUGUGCCCUUUAUGGUAUAUGGAUGAAAAAGCAGAUAAGUUUGCCUUCGGAGUUGAAAACAGUUGAAUUUCAAAAUGUAAAGGAUCUGGAAUAAAUGAUCGGCAAAGCUACAGCAAUCAAAAUUAACAGCGACCAAAAUCAAAAGCAGCAAGAUGGCGAGUGCACCGACUUUAGCUGCUGCAACUGCCAACGACUUAUACAAUUCGUAGCAAAGCAAAAUGCACAAAAAAGUAACUCUGCGACGGAAGCUAAUUUUUGAUUUUCCUCGCCCCUUGAUUUUCUUAAAAUCAUAUGAAAUGAAACUUAUCGUUUUUUAAACGCUGUAAAACACAAUACCACAGAUUCAUAUAGGAAUCGUCAAAUUGACAAUCUUAUUGCACUACUCGUUAGAAAAUA